UGCAAACACAACAUAUAAAAGCAAUCUGACUGUUCAUCAAGAACUUUUUCACCGAGAACAUUUAGAGUGACGGAGCCUCAUGACUUCAGCAGGCGAUUUGGCCUCUGAUCCAAGACCAUAAGGCCACAUUGCUGCAUUUUGGAUUCAUCCUCAGCUCUUCCAAGCAGUGACACUUUUACCACUUUGUGUGCAAACUGGUUGGACUCAAGUGAAAGCUAGUCAAAAAUGAGGAUAAGAACAUAUCCAAGAGCACACAUUCUGCAGACAUUCCAGAGGCAUUGUGAGACUCUUGCAGCCAAUGGAAAUGCAGGAUAUCAAGAGGAAUUUGAGGAGCUGAGUGACACUGCAAAGGAAUUCUCAUGCAGGGCUGGAGAACUUGAUGCCAAUAAAAACAAAAACAGAUAUCCUUUUAUUUUACCCUAUGACCACUGCAGAGUUAAGCUGUCUUUGUUAGAGUCACAGCCACACUCAGACUACAUCAAUGCCAGCUAUGUGCCUGGCGGCAGUACAGAACAUGACUUCAUCUGUACCCAGGCUCCGUUGCCAUCAACUAUGGCUGAUUUCUGGCGGAUGAUCUGGGAGCAAAACGUGCAGGUUAUCGUCAUGGUGACAUCACUAAAAGAGUAUGGAAAGGUGCUAUGUAAUCAGUACUGGCCUCCUGAGAGAGGCACAGGCUGUUAUGGGGCUCUGCAAGUCACCACUGUUUCUCGUCAUCGUGGUCCAGACUGCUACAUCACCACCAUCCACCUACGACAGCAUGGCAGCCCUACAGAUAGACACAUAACACAUUACUAUUACCCUGGCUGGCUGGAUCAGGGUGUUCCGAAGAAUCACACCUCUCUUGUCAAAUUUACUGAUCAUGUACGGAGGCAGCUGGAUGAUGCUCCAAACUUAGGCCCCACAGUCGUCCACUGCAGUGCAGGGAUAGGUCGCUCUGGAACAUUUGUAGCAAUACUGUGGUUGAUACAGCUCUGUGCAAGGGGAAUUCUGCCUGAUGUACGUCUCGCUGUCCGAGACUUGCGCAGACACAGAGUGUUGAUGGUGCAAAAUGUGGAGCAAUAUAUACUUGUGCAUCAGUGUAUUCUUCACUGGCUAGGUGGCAACACGGAGAGACCAAGAACACAGAAUGUUGUGUCUUUUAAGAUAGAAAAGCCACAAAAACACAGGCAAUCAAAGAGGGAUCCAGAGAACCGGAGGAGAAAUUCUGACCAUACACAUCAGCCGAAGGUCUCUCCCUCCUCUCUUCAAGCUUCACACACUCCCCAGCCUCAGCACACAGCAUGGCAAUCCCUACGGGAUUCUCUGCACGCUUUCAACCCUGGAAAACUCCUGCAGAGGUUUAGGCCACCAUCUUCUCAAAACAACUCACAACUGGAAACACAACUGUAAAGCAGAUACACACCAAGGGCUUUUAUUAGUGUUAUUGUUAGAGCAGUGUUUAACACCUAACUGAAUUGCUGAUUAUGUCUUGUUUCGCCUGAAACGUGUCAUGCCCAGCAGAUAGCUGUUAGCCAGAAAGCAGGAUAAUCAAAAGAAAUUUCUCUAAAUAACAGUUCUACAUUUUUAAAAGUGUAGUUAGUCAAAAUAAUGGACAGGAAAUAUGCAUAGUUUUAGAAGUAUUCAAUUUCCAGAUUUUAUGCCAGAAUUGUAGUGGAUCAGUUUUCUGCCAAUAUUACUUGGUAAGUGUUGGAUCCAGUAAUGUUGUUCCGGGCUUUGACAGAUUUAAGAAUUUUGUGUAAAUGUGAAGCAGAACUAUUCACACAAGAAAAACUUCAUUUUUGUCUCGAAUGUAAAACUGAGCGAUGCAGCAAUGGUUCUUCUUAACAUGCUGGUGCUAAAAACAGUCUGGUUCAAGUUUAUAAGAUUUGCAACAUGAGGUAACAUGUAUGUAUAUAAAUCUUCCCAAGAUGUUUAAUACAGCAAUUGAGAAUAAUUUGAUAUUUUUAUAUUUAUAAAAACAUCAAGUGUAAAUAAGUUUCUGUUCUGUACAGCCUUUGAAAUGUUGUACAUACAGUAUAUGUGCGUGUGAUUUUUACUUUUGUUUCAGCCUUUGUUUAUAGGCACUUAAAAAAGUGUUUAUAAAAAUGUUACAUACAAUGUUACACUCAUUUAUCAAGUUGGACAUGAACUAUUUUAGGAGCAUGAGCAAAUUUGUGUCCCAUUAAACCUCAUGAGUUUAGGACACAUCCAAAUUAAUAAAUUGGCUUGGGAUUGUAUAUAAACUAUAGUUUAUAUAAAAUUUUAAUUACAUAACUAUACAUACAGUAUAUUACAUAUGCGUUUAUACUGUGUAUUUAACCCUGAUAACAUAUUGUAAAUUAUACAUUUAAAUAGCCAAAAUAUGUAUAAUUUAAGAAAAUCAAUUUUACACCACAUUGUGCACACUGUGA